CUGAGCCUUCAUCCUCUUGAGCUUCUGCUCAUAUGCAGGUUUUUCUUGACCCCGGGGACAGGCAGCUUGGCCUAGCGCAGACAGCACUGUGCUUAGGGUAUGGUAGACCAAGGACAAAUCCCAGCCAGUCAUUCACUUUUCUUCUGUCUCCUCAUCUGAAAUGCCACCUUCUCAGACUCGUUGGUGUAAAACAAGGUUUAUAAGGACAGGCUUUUUCUUGGUGCCUGGCACAUAACAGAAGAAUGUUAGUUGGAUCAGAAUAUACACAUAAAAAUAUCUGCUUCCUGCUGUACUGAAUAAUUAUUGAAUGGACAGUUGUCCCUAGCCUAGAAAGCCAGUGCUUCUAAUCCUUGAACCAGAUUUUUGGCUGCCUUUUCAGCUGCCUCUUUAAUACCCUUGCUUGCUUCUUUGUCUGUCCUAUUUUAAUCCUUUUCCUCCCUAGCAGAAGUGAGUUUAAAUCGUUUGUCCAAACUGAAGUCCUCAUGCUCUUAGGAAGGGAUGCCUUUGCCAGUGGGAUUUCUGACAAAUGACUGCUGUGCCUGAAACCAGAGGGAGAUGGGCUUGACAUGCCACCAUUCUUCUUCAGGUCUUCUUGUUGCUGGGAAAGGCAGAGUCAGCACUAGCAUAUUAAAUCCUGUUCCCUGAGCCAGCUCCUCCCUCUUUUGUUUUACCACUUCCCUACCUCUGCAGUCCUUUUUCAGGUGUCAACGUGACUUGUUUUCUCUGAACUAUUUCAAUGCCACAUUAUAAUUUUCUUCCUUUCCUUGAUCAUUAUGUAACCAAACCAGGGAGAAAUUUUUGUCAGACCAGCCUGGGAGACAAUGUGCCAUGGUUGAAAAGAAUAAACUGAAUGAAGACUAGGCAAGCUGCUAUUCAUUCACUUAUUUGGUUUCCUCAUCUGCAUACCGAGAUUGGAUUAGAUAAGCGCGUACCAUUCCCAGAAGACUUAAGUCAUGCCAGGUGAGGAAGCCAGACUCAGAGGUGAAGUAACAUGCCUACUGUCACAGUAGAUAAGAGGCAGAGUCAGGACUCAAAUGCAGUCUCCCUCACCAGUCUGUCUACUUGGCCUUGUUGCUGAAGUGAUUUAGUGAUGUGUGCAGCUCCACAGGCAGGUAGGCCUUUCUGGGUGAGGACUUGAGGACUCACAACACCAGAACUGAUUAUGAAGCAGUCACUGCAGAGGACCAGCAUACGUAUCUCAGGAUUUCCCGUGUGCACCAAGUGUCACAGAGCAGAGUCUCCAUCCUCAGGAAGCCUCACUAGUCUCUUUCCUCCCGACAGCCAAGUAAGUCAGAAGACGGAUAUCGGCAGCAACUCUGUGCUACCAUUAGACAUCAGGCAGGUUACCUCACUUCAUCGGUAGAAUUGAAAUGAACCCACCCCUCGGGUAUGCUGACAGCUCUGGUGACCAAGAUACUCCUGUGAGUCAGGGCUCCCUGUACACAGCUGAUAUGUUUGGUAAAUCCCUUUGGGAUCCAGAGAGAAAAUAUAGGCAUUGGUGGGAGCUGUUGUCUUCUGUCCUUCAGGAACCAGCCGAAGGUUUCUUAACCUGAGGAUCUCCCAGAAGUCCAUGGACCUCAGAAAUUCUAGGCAGUAUUCUGCAUAUUUGCAUUGCAAAUAACAGUUUAACCUGCAUUGGAUACUUACUAUGGAGCAGGUUCUACAUAAAUAUCUCAUUCCUUCUUCUCAAGAACCAUGUGGUAGUGAGUAGUUUUAUUAUCUUCAUGUGAUAUGUAUGGAUUUUGAGGCUCAUAAAUCUAGUAAUGGCAGAACUGGGCAUGAGCAGCCUCUUAUCACUGUUCUGGUUACUUUGACACUUGCUGAGGAAAGGCGAAAGAUUUCUCAAAGGCACUCAUGAUACAGAAAAAGCUACAAGCCAUGGUUCUAAAUGAAGGAAGAAGAGAUUAUGUAGGUUUGCUCUGUCCCAGUAAAGAACCUGAGUGGGGAAUUCUGCCUCAGGUAAAGCCUUUUUCUAUUGUCAUUCUCAGUUGUUUCCCAGGGCCUUUCUAACUGAGUACUAAAGAUCCAAUGUGCUGGAAUUGCAAAGACUCUUAGAAUCACCCCUCUUCAAGAAGGGCCAGAGGGACUGGGAAAGGAGUGAAGAUUACUGUGGAGGAGAGGAGUCAGCUUUCCCCACUCUGAGGUGGCAACGGGAGGGUGUGUGCAGGCUCUCCUUCACGGCCAUCCUCAGGCUGCUGUUCUCUAUGGCUAAGGACAUUGCAUUCCAAAUCCAGAGGGAGCGUGUCCUGACAUCAUGGGGAUGCAGGAGCUCCGGGUUUAGGGUUGUUCAGGGGAGUGUGGUAAUGAGCUCUCACAGAGGCCCUCCUGUAGCCCCACUGAGAUGAAGUGCCCCGCCCCCUGCAGAGAGCAGAGAGGAGUGGAAGGAGGUGUCAGAGAACAAGGUGAGGCUUAGGCCCAGAUCCCAUGCCAGUAACCCUCAGGCCUGUGAGCCAAAUGCAUCUGCUUUUGGGGUAAAGUUGCUAUGGAGCUUAGAGUUAAGAGAUUAUUCUUCCCGUCCUCACAGUACCAUCAGCUGCUGAGUGACUAUGGACCCUCAUCCCUUGGCUACACCCAGGGAACUGGGAACAGCCAGGUACCCCAAAGCAAAUAUGCUGAGCUGCUGGCCAUCAUCGAAGAGUUGGGAGAAGAGAUCAGGCCCACCUACGCGGGAAGCAAGAGUGCCAUGGAGAGACUAAAACGAGGCAUCAUUCACGCUAGAGGACUGGUUCGGGGGUGCUUGGCUGAAACAGAAUGGAAUGCCAUAUCCAGCCGCCUCGUUAGCUUGGAAGGCUUUCCAUCUUUUUACAAGAUGAGAAGUUAUAGUUCAUCUCCCCUAUUCAGAUGAAACUCAUGUUUUCAAAAUGUUAAAAAAAAAAAAAAAAGAGAAA